GGGAGGGGGCGGUGUCCGCGGGGACGCGUCAGCCGCCGCCGCCGCCCUCGCCGCCGCGGGGUCCCUCCCCUCCCUCCGGCCGCCCGGUCCCCGCGGGAUGAGGGCAUCGUAGCGCCGCGGCCGCCUCCGCCAUGAAGCGGAAGACCUGGGCCGAGGCGCGGCGCCGCGCAGCCCCGGCGCCGCCCGCGCUGAAGAGGACGCGGGGCGCGACGCCGCGGGCGGCGGGGGGCGAGGCGGAGCGGCGGCGGCAGCUGCCCCCUCCCGGGCCGGAGACCUGCCUGAGGAUCGCGGAUCGCCUUUAUUUUGCAAUUCUCUGCCAAAAACCAAAGAGCGGAGCUGCAAAUACCCAUUAUUUCUGCAUAGAUGAUGAACUUGUGUAUGAGAACUUCUAUGCAGACUUUGGACCACUCAAUCUGGCAAUGGUCUACAGAUACUGCUGCAAGCUAAAUAAGAAAUUAAAGUCAUUUUCAUUGAUAAGGAAGAAAAUAAUUCAUUAUACUGGGUUUGAUCAGAAAAAGCAAGCAAACGCUGCAUUCCUCAUAGGCUCCUACGCAAUAAUAUACUUGAGAGAAUCCCCAGAAGAUGUGUACAGGCUUAUAUUGUCAGGAAGUGUUUCAUAUCUUCCUUUCAGGGAUGCUUCCUUUGGUACUUGCAGUUUUCAUCUGACAUUACUGGACUGUUUUCAUGCAAUAAACAAGGCUUUGCAGUAUGGUUUCCUGGAUUUUAGUACGUUUGAUGUAAAUGAAUAUGAGCAUUAUGAAAGAGCAGAAAAUGGAGAUUUUAACUGGAUAAUACCAAACAAAUUCAUUGCCUUCAGUGGACCUCAUUCAAGAAGUAAAAUUGAAAAUGGCUAUCCCCACCAUGCUCCAGAAGCUUAUUUCCCAUACUUCAGGCAGCAUAAGGUCACCACUAUAAUACGCCUCAACAAAAAACUGUAUGAUGCCAAACGAUUUACAGAUGCUGGAUUUGAGCAUUUUGAUCUCUUCUUUGCUGAUGGAAGCACACCUAGUGAUACUAUAGUUAAAAGAUUUCUAAAUAUUUGUGAAAAUGCUGAAGGAGUAAUAGCCGUUCAUUGCAAAGCUGGUCUUGGACGAACCGGCACACUUAUUGCCUGUUACAUCAUGAAGCAUUAUCGGAUGACAGCUGCUGAAACUAUUGCCUGGAUCAGAAUAAAUAGACCUGGUUCUGUGAUUGGACCACAACAGCAUUUCCUGAUGGACAAACAGGCAGAACUUUGGACAGAAGGGGAUAUUUUCCGUGCAAAGUUGAAACGAAACCAUAAAAUUGCUGUAACAAGAAUUCUGUCAGGAGUAGAUGAUAUUUCAAUUAAUAACACAAGAAACAGGAGAACCAUCCAAAAGGACAUUGAACUGUACAGUGAUGAUGAUGAAACAAACUGUCUAACACAAGGGGAUAAGCUUCGUGCUCUGAAAAGCAAAAGGCAAGCAAAAGCUCCAGCUGCAUCUCCACUAGCAUGGCUCCUAGCUAUGCUGGUGUCUACACUGUGUAGCAUUGUCAUCUGGUGGAUUGUAUGUGGCUCCCUUCUGCCCAGCCUGCUAUUCUGUCUAGAUGGUUUAAGAACAUAGUAACCAUCAGGACCCCCUGAGAGAGAGCCACUGUCCAAUCCAUCACGAAGACUAGAACAGUAUUGCGUUGAAUUUCCAAUAAGCCACCAGUGUUGAAGAGGAUAUUCAGGAGUGAAGGGGAUAUGACUAGAGGGGACUUAAUGCAAUUCAAGGAAGAUCACUUUGGCUCUAUUUUUCAGCAAAAAAUGAAAUAGAACAAUCUCUUCCUUACUUGUAGAAUAAAAUGAACUGUCAACAUGUUUGGUAGACCUUUUUCUACCAUGCUACCACUUUCUCAAACAAAACCAACAAAAUCUAUGUACAUUCAGACUCAGGUGUAAAUAUUUAAGCUCUCUAUUAUAAAGAGAGCUUGCUAGUAUGUAUGAUGCAUGUGUAUAAACUGUGAUGGCAAUCACUUACUUAGCUGCUGACCACCAGAAAUGAAAAGAUGGUGGGAGCUUUUAAGUAUAUAAAUCUGUGGUGUCUAUUCAGACAGGGCUUAAGUCUUCACUUGAGUCUGAGAAUCAACUACAAAAGCUUUUUUUUCUAAUAGUAUUGGUACUCUUCUGUGUUGAUCGGCUGCUCUUUCUUACUUUGUAUGAAGUUUUUUAUGAAGCUGCAGUAUUGAGUACACAACGUAACUAUUGUCCACCAAAGAGUGCUUUAUUGUCAAAGGUUAUGUGGUUUAUUUAGGAAAAACUAAUUGUAAAUGAUUAACUUGUUUUUAAUAGUGACAGCUUUUUAGUUGUUUACAACCAAUGGCUCUUUGAACUAGUUAUAACUUAUUUAAAUCUGGUAUGAUUUUAAAGGGGAGGAAAAACAGUGUACCAUUUAAAGCAGUGCUGUCAUAUUGAAAUGUCAUUACAUUAUUGUUUCCUUUCCUAUCAAGUCCUUUAGGUGAAACUUUAAAUUGCCAUAUAUGAAAGGUAAGAAUUCCCCCCAGAUUUCACUGGUACACUGGGUAACAUGUGGGUGUUGCUGGUUUUUAGCUUUGGGGCAUUUAAUGAGUGCAGCACACAAAAAAGGGAAAAUAAGGUUGCCAUACAACUGAGGUAGUGGAACUCAGGGGCAGGUAAAAAUCUGGACAUCUAACACUUCAGGAAUUACAAUUUACCUCUGUUAAAAAGCAGUGUAAGUUUUAGAGGAAUCUGCUUGAGACUGAAAUUUUCAUCCCUUACAGGAAAACUGUGUCUUUUCCUACUAGUUUUCACAUUAUGAAAUUUCAAAACUGGUAUACCUUUGUCCACCAACUGAUGUCAUAGCUGCAUAUCCCUCAGAUGAGGACUGUUACCACAUAGCCUUAAAUAUGAAUCAGUUAUCUGUUGACUUAGUGACUCUUACAGUAGGUAGAAGAAAUGGGGAAAUCUGAAAUGUUAGUAAUGGAAUAACAAGUUUUUGAAGACGCAGAUUACUUCUGUGAGAGACGGAAUUUUAUUUCAAUGAAUGCAAAUGUUCAGUGACUAGUUUCAAUCUAUGUCCUUUUAAAUGGAAACUAAGCCUUCUGUUAGGCUGGUGAUUUUUGAAUGCCAGUAUGAGCAAGAGCAUCAUGACUUGGACAGGACAGGAUGUGAAGUUUAAGUAAGCUUAGAGGUAACAUCCAUGAUCUUAGAUAGUCAAAAUCUGAAAAUAUGAAUAAAAAGAAAAGGUUUGAUGCAAAAUAAAGGACCGUUGAAGGCUCA